GUCCCGAGCCCCGCCCGGGCGGGCGCGGCGAUGAUGAACAGGUUCCGAAAGUGGCUGUACAAACCCAAGAGGUCAGACCCGCAGUUGCUGGCCCAGUUCUACUACGCCGACGAGGAGCUGAACCAGGUGGCCGCGGAGCUGGACAGCCUGGACGGGCGCAAGGACCCCCAGCGGUGCACUCUGCUCGUCAGCCAGUUUCGCUCCUGCCAGGACAACGUGUUAAACAUCAUCAGCCAGAUCAUGGAUGAGUGCAUUCCCCAGGACCGUGCCCCUCGGGAUUUCUGUGUCAAGUUCCCCGAGGAGAUCCGGCAUGACAACCUGGCUGGCCAGCUGUGGUUUGGUGCUGAGUGCCUGGCCGCUGGCUCCAGCAUCAUGAACCGAGAGCUGGAGAGCAUGGCCAUGCGGCCCUUGGCCAAGGCGCUGACCCGUAGCCUGGAGGAUGUGCGGGGUGCCCUCCGCGACCAGGCGCUGCGCGACCUCAACACCUACACCGAGAAGAUGCGGGAGGCCCUGCGGCAGUUCGACAUCCUCUUCGCAGAGUUUGAACUCAGCUACGUCUCGGCCAUGGUGCCGGUGAAGUCUCCCAGGGAAUACUACGUGCAGCAGGAGGUCAUCGUGCUGUUCUGCGAGACUGUGGAGAGGGCCCUGGACUUCGGGUACCUGACCCAGGACAUGAUUGAUGACUACGAGCCGGCUCUCAUGUUCACCAUCCCCAGGCUGGCCAUCGUGUGUGGCCUCGUGGUCUAUGCAGACGGGCCCCUGAACCUGGACCGCAAGGUGGAGGACAUGUCCGAGCUGUUCCGGCCUUUCCACACGCUGCUGCGGAAAAUAAGGGAUUUACUCCAGGCGCUGACUGAAGAGGAGCUGCACAGGCUGGAGCGGAGCCUCUGCGUCUCGCAGGACGCGGAGCUCCCAAUGCAGGCGGAUGCCCAGCCACCCACCGCCCUGGCACCCACCUUUCCAACGCCCCUCCCCCCCGAAGAGCUGCUCUCAGCCAAGGCCAAAGACCCGGAGGCCGAGCUAGCCUGCUCCAUGCAGUACGACGACCAGGAGCUGGAGGAGCUCAGCCGGAUGGUCCACAGGGCGGGCGACGAGAUGUCCUCUCUGCUCUCGCCGCCCAGCGCCUGCCAGUCCCCGGCCCGCAAGCUGGGGGCCGAGGGCAGCCCCCGCGGGGAGGGGUCUCCCGGCAGAGCGCCGCUGAAGGCAGGCAGCUUCGAGGAGGAGAGGGUGUUCUUCAUGGACGAUGUGGAGGUGGCAGAGGCCCCGGGUGACCCAUUUGGGUGGGCAGACGGCCCCCCAGCUGGCGCCCAGGACAGCGGGCCCCGCAGCGGGGCGGGGGCCAGUGCUCCCAUGGCAGGAAAGACGGAGGACUGGUGCAACAACAAUAACGAGGAGGAGGGCGAGAAGCGGGCGGCCGGCCUGGCGGGCACCUCCUCCUGCAGCUGCCUGGACUCGCAGCUCUCCCUGGACGGCUGGGAGGCCAGCACCGAGGACGCCGAGACGGCCGAGCUGAUCGCCCACCGCACCGGUGGCAUGAAGCUCUCCGCCACCGUCAUCUUCAACCCCAAGUCUCCCGCUGCACUGGGCCCCGCCACGGCCCCCCAGGAAGUCCCCGGCCACACCGCCUCCCCGCCGGAGCCCCGGGCCGAGGCCGAGGGGGGCCACGCGGCCUCCAGCUGCCUCCUCCACUCCUGCGUGUGCUGCCGGAGCUGCCCGGGCGGCCGGGAGGACGCGGUGGAGCCCCUGCGGGGCCUCCUGGACGCCCCUCACCCCUCCACCGGCUUAGCCAAGGCUGGCGACAAGUGUCCCCAGAGACUGGAUGACACCCUGCCAGACCCCACGUCUCCCCGGCCCGCGGAAGAUGCCUCUGACGGGCGGGAAUGCGAAGGUCCUGCCCCCACCAAGUGCCUCACACAUGCCUUAGGGCCCCAGGGGGCUGCAGUCCCCAGGCACCAAGGAGAGGGCCCGGCCAUGAGCCAGCUGAAGGGGCCUGAGGCCCCCGAGGGGAGCCCCGGGCCUCCAGGGGGAGGAGACACAGCCCAGUCCCCGCCGCCUCACCCAGCAGGCUGCAGCAGCUCCACCCCCAGCUCCUGCUCCUCAGACAAGACCGGGCUGGAGGGCAGCCAGGCUGCCAUGCCUGUGACCCCCGCCGCCUCCAGAGAGAAGAUCCGGUCCAGGUUCCACGGCAGCCAGGACCUCAUCCACCGCCUGUUUGUCUGCAUUUCAGGUGUGGCUGACCAACUGCAGACGAACUAUGCCAGUGACCUGAGAAGUAUUCUCAAAACGCUGUUUGAGGUCAUGGCCACCAAGCCAGAGGCAGAUGACAGGGACAAGCUAAAGAAGGCGUCCCAGAGCCUGCGGAGGGCAGCCCUGGAGGACUGCGCGCUGUGCCAAGAGCCCCUCUCCUCCUCCGAGCUCGCCGCCAAGACCCGGGCCGGGGACUUGGAAGAUCCCCCUGAGUGGGUGCCAGACGAGGCCUGUGGCUUCUGCACGGCUUGCAAAGCGCCCUUCACAGUCAUCCGCAGGAAGCACCACUGCCGGAGCUGCGGGAAGAUCUUCUGCUCCCGCUGCUCGCCGCACUCAGCACCGCUGCCACGCUAUGGGCAGGUGAAGCCGGUCCGCGUGUGCACACACUGCUACGUGUUCCACGUCACCCCGUUCUACAGCGACAAGGCAGGCAUGUGACACCACACGGGACCCCAGCUGCUCUGGGGCCCGGGACUCCGGGAAGGCCGGGCUCCUCCCGGCCCUGCUGCCCGAGCACACGCACACGCACACACGCACGCACGGGCCGCCCCGGAGGUGUCCUCGUGCCCCAGCGAGCUGCUGCCGUUGCUGUAGCCCUGCUCAGGUUGCCACUGUCCCCAGCCUCGGUCCCCAGCCUGGUGGCCAGGUCUGCUGCAGGGGCCCGACAGGUCUUCUUUCCCUGUGGAGGACCAGGGGUGCCUGGGGGCUGCCUCUGGGGCAGGCCACCUGGUGGAGCAGGGGGGGCUCCUCCACCCGCCCCAGAGGCCGCUCUGGACGCAGGGACGCAGGCGUGGCUGCUCUCUGUGGCUGGCGAUUGGAAGCAGGAGCCAGGGGCUCCUGUGCUUGCUCCCCACAUCCUUCCCUGUCCCGCUGCCCGCCUUAGGACCCCGCUCCAGGACACAUAUCUCAUUUCUUCCCCGAGGGAACAGUGGAAUGCCAGCCCAGUGGCCCUGAGGCACACGGACAUGCCCCGGCCUAGGCACACACAGCCCAGUGCAGGCAGACAGCAGGUAUCGGCUGGGCCCAGACCCCGUGGGUAGAAGGUUUUCAGGUUCUUGGGCCCCGGCCCCGGGCGGCACAGGACCACGGAGACCGCCCGUGGCCAGCACUACCCUCCUCCCCCUGCGCCCUGGGCCCUGGGCCCACCCCUCAGACCCACAGCCGCUGGGACCCAGGCUGAGACAGCCAAAUGGCCCCUGCGCGCCGUCUCCUCAGGCUUCAAUCUCAGGCUUCACAUUGCAAUGACGAUUGCAGUUUUGUUUUUAGAGAUGACACACCUACUGCUUCUUUUAUAGACAAAAACCCGCUGUCGCUCAGCAGUGGCAUACACAUGCACAAAAAUGGCUUCUGGGGGGGAGAGUAUGUAACAGAGGGAAUCUUAUGUAUUGAGAUUAUUUUUAUUUUCUAAAUGCUGUAACUGGAGACCAUUUCCAUAAAUCUAUUUAAGGA